AUCUUAAAUUGAAAGACCGGUCCAACUUGCCGCUACGUACCAACUAAACUAAACGGUCCCCUCCCUCUCCCUCCAAUUAUUUCUCCUUGCCCCUGACCGACACCCGCGGCAUCGUCGUUUCAGCAUACGCCUAAGCUCUCUCUAGUCUGGCGUCUGCAUUCACAGUCUCGGCCUCCUGAUCAUCCACUUACUCCUGUCUUUUUAUGCUGUCUUUCUCUAUUCCCCAAUCAUCUCCUCUAACCUACUCCCAUCUCGAUAUCGCAUUGCGUGGACUCGCAACAUGUAUGCCUCUCAACAGCCUGCCACCUACGCCUACCCACCUGGCGUGACGCUGGGCCCCUCAGGCUCUCCUGUCCAACAAGCUUUCGGCCCAGCCCCUGUCAAUCUGGGCUCCAACAAUCCGUUUCGGAAUCGUGCUCUGUCGCCUUCCGCCAGCUCUUUCGCAUCCGCCAGUGGUCAAUCUGAACGCCGAGUCUCUACGAAUCCCUUUGACGACGACACCCUAUCGCCGCAGUCGGCCCCCGUGAUAGGGUCAACCAUGGUCUCCCCGGUCGAGAGACAGGACAUGACGUCGAACACUCGCGAACUCUUUGAGAACCUUUCCGUAAACCCUGCUCCCCAGAACACUGGUUACAGACAAGCUCCGCCGCGCCCGGACAAGCCCGCGCCCAACGGAUACCCGACGAACCGCGUACCUCCGCCCAGGGAACGCCCAGAACGUCGCGACAAAGAUACCUUGGACAUCUUUGCCGACCCCCCGAAGACGAGCAGUGGCGGAAGAUCGGGCUACAGAGAGCGGAGGCCUCGUCGCAACUCAGAGUCCUCGAUCAUGGAACGAACCCCCAAGCUUGUGGAUACCGAGGACGAGAGACGCCGUCGUGAGCGACGACGCCGGGAGCGGGAGGCUCGCCAUAGAGAUGGAAAGGACGGCAAGGAGUCGAAGGAUGGAAAGCCUCGUUCAUCCAAAAAGUCCAACUACCACAUGGACAUUAUCGAUAAACUGGACGUGACCAGUAUCUAUGGCACUGGAAUGUUCCAUCACGAUGGGCCGUUCGAUGCCUGCAAUCCUAACCGUAACCGCAAGGGCUUGCGUACUGCACCCAUGCAGGCGUUCCCCAAGGACUCUGCCAACAUGGCCCUUGGAGGCGCAGGGCCAAACAAUGCCAACAUUGAUCUGAACCUGUUCCACGGAACCAUGGACGAAGGCUACAAUGACUAUUCUACCAGCGCCGCCGUUGACCCCCGUAACAACAAGAGCGACACCGCGAACUUUGAUCCAACCACUCGCAUCGAACCUGUUCAUGGAGCGGAGAGCAUGGGUCUGGGAACUAGCACUUUCUUGGAUGGUGCCCCCGCUAGCCGGGCAGACAUUCAGCGCCGUGGAAGCGGGAACGAGAACGGUGGAGCUGGUCCCAGUGGAGGAGGCUUGCAGCGCAAGAAGAGUCUGGCCCAAAGACUGCGGGGCAUGAACAAGCCCUCGAAUCCCCGAGUGGUCUCUCCCGAGUCCUCCUACACCCCAGGUGUGCCGACUGGCUCUAGUCACAUAGGAACCAUCCGCGCCAAUGAGAAGAACCCCUUCUUCCAGGAUUAUGACGAUGCUUGGGACAAGAAGGGGGCCCAAAUCAACAUGUCCGAGGAAUCACGUGGCACCACAGGUACACGAGCCCGUUCUUCCAGCAGCCCCAAGCAGAAUACUGGUUUGGAGCGGAGGUUCACCAACGAACGUUCCAACACUGGCUUAGAUGAGGGCAAGCCCAGCGGUGGCGGCGGCGGGUUCAUCAACCGCAUGAAGAGUUUGAGAAAGCCCCGGCCUGAGCGGCGCAUCAGCAACGACUGAAUAAUUUGAGUGAACUGAAUCAACGGCCGUACUUAAACUCCGUUGCUUGUGUUUGGCGCAGAUGACGAGGGAAGUGCGAAGAGAUGGAAACCGCUCUGGAAGCAUCCCUCUUGCACUCCCUUUAGCGUCUAUC